AUGUACAAAAGAGUCUACGGUCAUUCAUUCGCUUCAAAAAAUGCCGGUGUUGAUGCAGCAAUCAAAGCCGAAAAACAGCAUCCAACAACGAUGGAUGGAGCAAAGAAGCUUGUACAGUGUGACAAUAUUCAAGACAGAUCAAUCGAAGAGAAAAGUGAAACUACGUUGCUGUCAAAUAUACCACCGCCACUCGUACACAAAACUUUCACUUUACCGACGGAAGAUAAUGACGACGAUGAAUGGAAUAUGCAGCGGAAAAAUUUAACUGAUGAAAACGUGAAAGAAAUUACAGAUAGACUAAAAGCUAACAGAAACUGCGUCACAUUGGACUUGCGCUAUAAUAAAAUAACUGAUGUAGGCAUGGGCGGCGGAACGAUUCCAGUCUAG